CGUUCUCAGUUCUUCCGGUGCGCGUGAGGAAGGGAUUAAACGUCCGUCUCGCUGCUCUCUUUCCGUGAAAGAACGGCAGCCUUAUAGCGUUUACCGGCGUUUAGAACCGGAACGGCGUCUUGACGACUCGUUCGUUAACUCAUCGAGCUGUUUAAGAGAGUUAGGGAUGAACUGAGAAUGAAUGUCAACCAGCAACCUCACAUGGCCUCUCCUUAUGGGCAGCCUCAGCCUGGAUAUCAGGGCUACCCCCAGCCAGGAUAUGGGGGUGGCCACGUGCCAUCGGGAUAUCCGGCUCAGUAUGCACCUUAUAACGGGCCGGGCUCUGCCUACCAACAAGGUCCACCGCAAGGAUAUUCUCCUUAUGCAAGCUUUCCCUCUAAGACUCUCGCAACAAACUUAGUCUCUGACCUGUCCUCCUCCUCUCCUCUUGACCUAGGUAUGAGAGGACCUCCUGCCUCAGGGGCACCACCUGUUUCAGGUGCCCAGAACUAUUCUCAGUUUGGGCAAGGAGAGACUCAGAAUGGACCACCACCAAUGGGUGCUCCAUCACAGAGGCCUCCAGUGUCUCAACCUUACACUCCAGGUGCAGUAAAUCUGCCUGGCCCUCAGCCCCCAUACGGCCAGCAGUUUGGAGCUCCACCGGUCAGCAUGCAGCAGAUGACCAAUCAAAUGGCCAGCAUGCAGGUUGGCUCCACUGCACCCUCUCCUGCAGGCCCAGGCUAUGCCCCUCCCUCUGUGUCUCAGGCUGCUAUGUCUGUUCCCUACACACCUGCAUCUCCUCCUACUUUCCCACCCACUUCCACUGCUCCCUCACAGCCUCCACCUACUGAAGCUGUUGCUCAGGCUCCUCCUCAGUCAUACUACGGAGGUCCGCAACCUCCCCAGCAGCCUUUCCCAAAUGCUGUUCCACCUUUCUCCUCUACUGGCCCCACGCAGCCCCAAGUUCCACAACCGGUUUCUCCACAAUCCUUUCCUCAAGCUCCGCCUGUUUCUCAGCCUCCUUUUUCCACUGCCCAGGUACCUCCAGGUCCCACCCAGUCAUACGGAGGCCCACUUCCUUCAACACAGCCCUCUUUCCCAAGACCACCGCUUCCCACCUCCCAGCCCUCCACGUUCCCUGCAGGUCCACCGCCCACCUCAACUCCAUCUCAGCUUCAAGGGGUCAUGCAGCCCCAACCGCCAGUUUCCCAACCCUCACUUUACCACUCAGGUCCCCCUCCAACCUCCACUGGGUUUCCACCACAAGUUGGUGCUCCACAAAGGCCUCCCCUUGCUGGAAUGCAGGGCCCUCCUAUGGCAUCACAGGGCCCUCCUAUGGCAUCACAGGGCCCUCCUAUGGCAUCACAGGGCCCUCCUAUGGCAUCACAGGGCCCUCCUAUGGCAUCACAGGGCCCUCCUAUGGCUUCACAUGGCCCUCCUGUGGCUUCACAGGGGCCUCCUAUGGCACAGGUUAAUCAUGUACCCCCUACACAACCUGGCAUGCCACCUGGUCCUAUCAACGCUUCUCUGUCAGGGCCACCCCCACAGCCAGGAAUGCAGGGAUAUCCUCCUCAGCAAAAUGGUGCUUUUGGGCAGGUCAGAGGUCCUCAGCCUGGUUACACAGGACCAUAUCCUGGGCAGCCAAACUAUGGAGCGCCACCUGCUGCACCAGCUCCAGCGCCAGCUGCCCCAAAAAGGCUUGAUCCUGAUUCUAUCCCAAGCCCGCAAGCCUCUGACAUGCCGCCUGUGCAGAAAACAAGACAUAGAAUAGACCCAGACGCAAUCCCAAGUCCAAUUCAGGUUAUCGAGGAUGACAAAACAAACAAGGGAAAUGAACCUUUCACUACAGGGGUCAGAGGUCAAGCCCCACCUCUUGUCACCACCAAAUUUCAAGUUAAAGAUCAAGGGAAUGCGAGUCCACGUUACAUCCGUUGUACAGCCUACAACAUGCCCUGCAAUUCUGACAUGGCCAAACAGUCCCAGGUUCCCCUGGCUGCUGUCAUUAAACCCCUGGCCCCACUUCCUCCAGAUGAGAUACCGCCAUAUCUCGUGGAUCACGGAGAAAGUGGUCCCAUCCGCUGUAAUCGCUGUAAGGCCUACAUGUGCCCAUACAUGCAGUUUAUUGAAGGUGGCCGUCGUUUCCAGUGUGGCUUCUGCAGCUGUGUCACCGAGGUGCCUCCCCAUUACUUCCAGCAUCUGGAUCACACAGGGAAGAGGGUGGACUGCUAUGACCGACCAGAGCUCUCGAUGGGCAGUUACGAGUUUACGGCUACUGUGGACUACUGUAAGAACAACAAGUUUCCUCAGCCGCCAGCCUUUAUCUUCCUAAUUGAUGUAUCCUACAAUGCUGUGAAGAAUGGCAUGGUGGGAAUUGUAUGUCAGGAGCUAAAGACACUGUUGGAUUACUUGCCAAGAGAGAACCCUGAUGUGGAAUCAAACAUUCGAGUUGGCUUCAUCACCUACAACAAAGUGCUUCAUUUCUAUAAUGUGAAGGCCUCCCUUGCUCAGCCACAGAUGAUGGUAGUGUCAGAUGUGGCUGACAUGUUUGUGCCCCUACUGGAUGGAUUUCUUGUGAAUGUCUCAGAGUCCAGAGUAGUUAUUGAAAGUUUGUUGGAUCAGAUCCCUGAGAUGUUUGCAGACACGCGGGAAACCGAAACUGUGUUUGGGCCUGUCGUUCAGGCUGGGCUGGAAGCGCUCAAGGCAGCAGACUGUGCCGGAAAGCUCUUUGUUUUUCACUCAUCUCUUCCCAUCGCUGAGGCUCCAGGCAAACUGAAGAACAGGGAGGAUAAGAAGCUAGUGGGCACCGAUAAAGAAAAGUCAUUAUUCCAGCCACAAGUUAGUUUUUACAACACUCUAGCCAAGGAUUGUGUUGCGCAGGGUUGCUGUGUCGACCUCUUCCUCUUUCCCAACCAGUAUGUCGAUGUAGCAACGUUAGGGGUGGUCCCCACUUCAACGGGCGGCUCCAUUUACAAAUACACCUAUUUCCAGGCUCCAUCUGACCAGGAACGUUUCCUUAAUGACCUGAGGAGAGACGUGCAGAAGCAGGUGGGCUUUGAUGCCGUGAUGAGGGUCCGCACCAGCACAGGUAUCCGUGCGACCGACUUCUUUGGUUCCUUCUACAUGAGCAACACCACCGAUGUUGAGCUGGCAGGACUAGACUGUGACAAGACUGUUACUGUGGAGUUCAGACACGAUGACAAGCUCAGCGAGGAGACUGGAGCUCUAAUGCAGUGUGCGGUUCUGUACACCAGCUGCAGCGGUCAGCGACGACUUCGGAUCCAUAACAUGGCAGUGAACUGCUGCUCUCAGCUGGCAGACCUGUACAGGAACUGUGAGACUGACACCAUCAUCAACUUCUUCGCCAAAUAUGCAUAUCGUAGUGUACUCAGCAGUCCCACCAAGAAUGUCCGUGAUAGUCUGGUGAAUCAAUGUGCACAGAUCUUAGCCUGUUACCGCAAAAACUGUGCCAGUCCAUCUUCAGCAGGGCAGUUGAUUUUACCAGAAUGUAUGAAGCUGCUGCCCGUGUAUCUGAACUGCGUGUUAAAGAGUGACGUUCUGCAGCCCGGGGCAGAUGUCUCUCUGGAUGACCGUGCCUACCUGAGACAGCUGGUCAGCACUAUGGAUGUGGCCGAGAGCCAUGUGUUCUUCUACCCUCGCCUGCUUCCGCUGCAAAAGCUGGAUGUUGAGAGCAUGGCUCUGCCUGUGGCUGUGAGAGACUCUGAGGAGAGGCUGUCAAGGGGAGGAGUCUACCUGUUAGAGAAUGGACUGAACAUUUUCCUUUGGGUCGGGGUCAAUGCCCAGCAGGAGCUGCUUCAGAACAUCUUUGGCACACCGGCCUUCAGCCAGAUAGACCCCAACGCGACCUCUCUGCCGGCUUUGGAUAAUCCUUUUUCAAAGAGACUAAGGGAGAUUAUCGAGUCCGUCAGGGCCCAGCGCUCACGAUAUAUGAAGCUCAUGGUGGUGAAACAGGAAGACAAGCUAGAGCUGAUCUUCAAGCACUUCCUGGCGGAGGAUAAGAGCAACAAUGGUGGGGCCUCUUACGUGGACUUCCUGUGUCACAUGCACAAGGAGAUUCGUCAGCUCCUGAGCUAGGAGCAUCAGGUCCCCGUCACCCUCCCCUCCUUCUCCUCCCUUGGCUCUGUGCUCAGAAGCGCUUUAACUUUUUAUUUAACAUAAUAAACAAAAUCCCUUUGCCCAUCAUCUUCUCUCCCUCAAGUAUAAUCUCAUCCACGUGACUCUUGAGGAAGAAGCCACCUUGUAAAGGAAAUGUUGCUCCGUCAGCUUACGGUGUUCUUUUGGUUUUAGUGGGAGUUUUGACCCGAAUUUCUCCUCUUUCAAUGACAGGCUCGUGAGACUUUGUGUGUGUGUGUGCGCGCGUGUGUGUGUGUGUGUGUGUGUGUGUGUGUGUGUGUGUGUGUGUGUGUGUGAUAGAGAAGGAGAUAUGCCGUUGUUAUUGCUCUACAGCUGAUCUGGGAUCAGGUUGUGACGCCACAAACAGAGCUUAAACCGCUUUUUCAGAACAAAACAUCUACCGGGUUUUAGAGUGUGUUUGACUGUGAACGUCGAUGUUGAUUGUACUGGGUGUUCUGUGAGAAACACUAGCACUGAUUAAUGGUCUCUAGGUACCGAAGGACAGAAAAAUAACUGCAUUACAAAUUAAUCUAGACCUUUUCGGAAUACAGUGAAAUAAAAUCCCUCAUCUUAUUCCAGUAUGAAUCAAAAGAUGUUUUAGAACAAGUUAGAUUCAUGUUUAUCCAAUUAUUUGUAUUUUUUUCUGCUUGCGUUCUGUUUCCCUUUGAUUAUCUCUCUCAGCCUUGGCCUUACUGAUCCCGUCUCUCCUUUUUCAUUCAUUAUUCUGUUUAUAUUGUCUAAUUUUUUGUCAUUUUCACCUUUUUAAAGUGUGCAAAAAAACCUAAUAGACUCAAUGGAGAGUUUGAAGUGUGCUGUUAAUCAUUCAAAAUGUCUUUUAUUCUAAGAAAACAUUCGAAAUAAAAGUCUAUGCAUCAACUUAUCUAUAAAAGAAAGAGGGAAAGCUGUUCAAGAGCCUGAGCUGAAUGUUGCGCUUCUUUGUUUCUAUGCUACCACCCUCUAUAAGAAGCAGAUAUGUCUAAAACUGAUAGAAUAUGGAUCCGUAUGGAUGCCUGGACAGGGAGUUGAAUUUCAGAUGAGCCUCUCGGGAGGAUGGCAAAACCCUAUAGAUGGUUCAGUAAUUGGGAAGCUUUCUGGCAUUCAUUCAGUUCCCUAUUAAAUUCUCUCUCUUUUUUUUUUUCUUUACUGUAUGGUCUGUUAGAAACCCGUAUACUACAUGUGCUUGUUCAUGUAUCGGCUAUGAUUUAAUAUUAUGUUCUAAAUCUGUUUAAGGAGCAGGUGGUGUCUCUCUGCUCUAGGGUAUUAAUCUUUGUGCAAUGGAAGCCUGUGCUGAGAGCGGAGUGUGGGACUCAUUUAGAAACUGACCAUUUCUAACCGGUUUUCCAAGCGAGCGAAGUCAAGCACAUGCGGAAUUGUGACCUUAAAAGCAAUCAACACUGAAUACUUUGUCAUCACAUUUAUUACAUGUACAGAAUUAAAAAUCACAUUUUAAAAAUGA